UCCGGUGUGAACGUGAACGGAGCAGAGGCGAUGCUCCCUCUCCAGAUCCCCUGCGCUGCUGCGUCUGCUCCUUCCUCUGCUGCUCCGGUCUCAGCCUGUACGCGCCCCAGGCCUCACGGGGACUGACAGACACCAGCUCGCAUCCAAGGGGUGGAAAUACGCGCAGAUCCGAUCCGAGCCCGUGCCGGACCUCCAUUGGCAAACAUCAGCGGCAGCGAUCCCCAGCUGUGGCCGGUGGGCAUGGUUUUGGAGGGCAGCUCAGAGGCGCUGUGUCCCCCCUCAUCUCUGGAGCUGCGCCCGUCCUGCAACAAAAGCCAGCCCUCGCCUCCUCUGAGCUCCGGCUCGCAACCGCACGACGGCGUCUUCCCCGAGGACAAGGAGCCCGUCAAGUACGGCGAGCUCAUCGUUUUGGGGCACAAUGGCUCGCUGGUCAACGGGGACAAGGGUCGUAGAAGAAGUCGCCUGGCCCUUUACAAGAGACCCAAAGCCAACGGCGUCAAGCCUGACGUCAUCCACAACGUCUCCACACCGCUGGUGUCGAAGGCGCUCAGCAACAAAAGCCAGCACAGCAUCUCCUACACGCUGUCGCGGAGCCACUCGGUCAUCGUGGAGUACACCCAUGACACCAACACAGACAUGUUCCAGAUCGGCCGCUCCACGGAGAGCAUGAUCGACUUCGUGGUGACGGACACGGUGGGCAGCGGCGGCAGCCAGGGCGGCGGCGGGGGGGCGGGCGAGGGCGGUGGCGGCGGGGGUCAGUCGGCGCAGAGCACCAUCUCCCGCUACGCCUGCCGCAUCAUGUGCGAGCGCAGCGCCCCCUACACCGCCCGCAUCUACGCCGCCGGCUUCGACUCCUCCAAGAACAUCUUCCUGGGGGAGCGAGCUGCCAAAUGGAGGACAUCGGAUGGCCUGAUGGAUGGCCUGACUACCAACGGGGUGCUGGUGAUGCACCCAGCGGGGGAGUUUGUGUCGGAGCCGGCUCCAGGCGUCUGGAGGGAGAUCUCGGUCUGUGGCAAUGUCUUUGCUCUGAGAGAGACCCGCUCAGCACAGCAGAGAGGAAAGCUGGUUGAAAACGAAUCAAACACCCUGCAGGAUGGCUCUCUGAUCGAUCUGUGCGGAGCUACGCUGCUGUGGAGGACCCCCGCCGGGCUGCGCCACACCCCCACCCUCAAACAGCUGGAGUCCCUGCGGCAGGAGCUGAACGCCGCGCGGCCUCAGUGUCCCGUGGGCUUCAACACCCUGGCGUUCCCCAGCCUGGCCCAGCGCGAGAUCGUCGACAAGAAGCAGCCCUGGGUCUACGUCAACUGCGGCCACGUGCACGGUUACCACAACUGGGGCUACCGCAAGGACAAGGGCCCGGCCGGCCCCGGGGGCACGGUGCCGGCCAACACCGGGGAGAGGGAGUGCCCCAUGUGCCGGCGCGUGGGCCCCUACGUGCCGCUGUGGCUGGGCUGCGAGGGAGGAUUGUACCUGGAUGCGGGGCCGCCCACUCACGCCUUUUGCCCCUGCGGCCACGUGUGCUCAGAAAAGACAGUGGCGGGGUGGAGCCAGAUCCCGUUGCCCCACGGCACCCACGCCUUCCACGCUGCCUGUCCCUUCUGUGGCACCUGGUUGACUGGAGAGCAGGGCCACAUCAAACUCAUCUUUCAAGGCCCCGUGGACUGAAGCCUCGGCCUGGGGUCGACUCGCAGGGAGGUGAUGUUGGGUUGGACUCUGGUAAGUAAAAGGCUGUGAAAGCACUGAGAGGAAGGACUGUGGAUGUGACGAGCUGAAAGGAAAAUGCAAUAGCUGACGCCAAGGCUUCACGUGGAAUAUGAGCUGUAAAUAAAGUGUGUGGAACUAAA